CAUACAGAGAGAGAGAGAGACAGAGAGGCAGACAGACAGACAGACAGAGGUCCUGGCUGUCACAGCAAAGCGAUAACACUAGUCUAAACCAAAAAAAAAAAGAAAAAGAAAUAUGAGAUAAAAGAGAUGCUCUGCUUUGGUUUCGCUGCGGCUGAAUAACAACAUACUGUAACAGCGGAACAGCAGAGCCAAACUCACCCACCAUUCAGUCGCUAUUAGUCUAGUUUAAUGUGCUGCCGUAAAGCUUGAACUAUCUCUGUCCAUCCCAGACCAAAGAGGGAAAACAGCCAAGACACAGUCACACCGUCCGACAUCAUCAACAAACAAAAAAACCCUCAAAGAGACGAAGCAGCCAGCCAUCAGCCACCCAGCCAGCCUGCCACCAUCUUAACAGAGACACACACAGAGAGAGAAAAGAGGCUAAUGCUUAUUUUUGAUCAACAGGUAAGCUGCUCCAAAAGGAAACACUUAACGCACACCGUUGCUCUUUCUGGAGUUGGAGUUUAAACGGAGAGAGAGAGAAAGGGUUCUUCGCCUUAGAGUCGGAGAAGUCGCGAAAAUGCACGCUUGUCUCUGUGUGUGUCGGACAAGUGGCGAGAUGAGAUUUGUUCGCCUCCAGAGGCUGAGGAAGAAGCCGAAGCUCAUAUCGGCGAGUGAGUGUGUGUAUGUGUGUGAGUGAGUGCUGCGUUCAAGGGACAAAUAUCGCCGUUCGUUAGCCGUUGGUGGUUUUACGACGGACAGCAGUCGGUUUGCGUCUUAUGUAACUAACGGCCUGAGCAGCAGCAGCAGCAGCAGCGGCGUCGGUCAGGAAAAGAGGGAUUCACUGAAUGAGAGGGAGGAAAGAGAGAGAGAGGGAGAGAGAGUGUGGGGGGAAAAAAAGAAAAGAGCAGCACCGCUUUGAAUUCACAUGGCAAUUCACAUUUAGGUUAGGACACACAAACGCUACACAAAUACCAAUUGGGGGGCUACUGCAAGGGAACGGCUACUGCUUUGAUUUAAAGGCUGACUUUGUUGAAGGCAGCAGCAGCAAGGACGUGGAAAGUCGCCUCAAGUAGGUUGGCGAGGUGACGGUGGAAUCUGACAACCAUGACUGAGAGCUGAAACCUGAACUGAAAAAAAACGCACAGAAAGAAAGAAGGGCCUUAGACGGAUCCCGCCAUGCGCCCGAUCAGACUCAAAACUAUAAUAUCACCCAGCUGUUAAGCACAAGACGAGCAACAGCCGUGGACCCAAAGAAACCGAUGCUGCGUGGAGUUUUAAGAUUCUCUUAAACAAAGCUGAAAAGUGGUGCAUGGAGUUACGUGGACCUGAUUGAGCAAUGGAGGGAUUUUAGUUUGUAUCUGGCACCCGGUUUCUCCCUCCUGUUGCAGUGUGGAGUUACGGAGCACCAGUAGCCGAACCGUGCUGCUGGACAGACCGCUGCAGCCCGGGGUGGAAACGAGACGCUUCAAGAGAACUAAUGCCAAGUCCCAGAGUCAGCCAUGAUGUUUUUAUAACCUGAUGAUCAGCAGAGAGAUGGUGAGGAAGAAGAAUCCCCCUAUCCGCAGUGUCGGUGGUGAGGAGGAGGAGGAAGAAGAGGGGAGGAGGCCAGCAGGAGAAGAAGAAGAGGAGGGAGAGGAAGAGGGGAGAGUAGGAGCGGAGGCCGAACGAAUAAACCGACCCUCUGAACCAGAGUCCUCCGACCGGGUCAGAGGAGAUGAGGAGCCUGAGGAGGUGGAGGGGGGAGAAAGUGAGUGCGUUUCGUCAUCUGUCUCUCCCUCAUCAGUCGGUGAUCGCUACAGUAAUGAGGAGAGAGGGGGGAGGGAGGGAGGAGGAGGAGGAGGAGGAGGGGGGAGGACAAAGCAAGGAGAUGCUGCGUUGACUGACAGACCUGAGAGCCAGUCGGAGCCUGAGGAUGGGGAGAAGGGGUUAGAGGAGAGAGAGAGGAGCGAUAGAGUCACCCCUCCUCUCCUCUCUGCUCCCCACCUCCUCCCCACACAGGAAGGAGGGGAGGAGCCGACAGCCGACACCCCUCCGUUUUCCUCCAGCCCCUCUCCAAAACUCCAGGACUUCAAGUGCAACGAGUGCGGUUAUGGUUACUAUGGCAACGACCCUGCUGACCUGGUGAAGCACUUUAGGAAGUAUCACCUGGGUCUGCACAACCGCACACGGCAGGAUGCUGCCCUCGACACACACAUCCUGGCCCUCCACAACAUGGCCCCCCAACACACACCUCUAGACACACAGACAGGACAAGGGCAGAGAAACCAAGCCAAAGAGUAUGGGAAGACGAGGCCAGAUGUACACAAUCAACAGCAUAGGGCGGUUAUGAUGAAUGGCACAUAUGACGUACAGGUGACUGUGGGUGGCACCCUAAUUGGGAUUGGCCGGAAGACUUCUGAUUGCCAGGGGAACACUAAGUACUUUCGCUGCAAAUUCUGCAACUUCACGUACAUGGGCAGCAAUUCUUUAGAACUUGAACAGCACUUCCUGUCUUCACAUCCAAAUAAAGUCAAAACUCCACCAACCACACCCCUGCUAGCCACGAACAACCUGGCAAAGCACGACAACCAGGCAACGGGGAGGAGUCCGAUCAUAGACGGGGCGGAGCGAGUGGCUGUGAGAGCGGAAGACAAUUCCUUGGUCGGCUACUCCAUCCCAGUUAGGGUGUCUUCAGACUCAUCAAGCUGGACAGGGGAGCCGGUUCGAGGCUCUGUACAAGCUUACUAUUGGUGUAAAUUCUGUAGCUGGAGCUGUGAGUGGUCGGGGGGCUCAGCAAAGCUUUUGGAGCACUAUGAACAAAGACACAGAAUGAGCACGGGAGGAGCUAUGAGCCCCAGCAAUUCUAAUCCGGGGGCGUUGGACCGGGAGAGGGAAAGAGGAGGGAGAAGAGAAGACGGUGAAAGAGAUCACAUGGUAUCCAAAAGCCGCAAAGAUCUAUCAUCAAACCCUUCCAGCACCAGCCAAGGAGACCCAAACUGCAGCGAUCCGGAGGCGGUCGUGACCAGUUACAACUGUCAGUUGUGCGAUUUUCGGUACUCAAUGGCCCACAGUGCAGACGUGAUUGUCGUAGCGCCGUUACUACUGCACUAUCAGCACAACCACUCCAUCCAUCGAUGCUGCAUCCAGCACUGCAUCUAUUGUCCACAGGGGCUCUGUCAACCACAGAAACACCUGGGAGAGGUCUCCCACCCCUUUGCUUGUCGGAAACCCACCUGCCCCAAAUGCUGUUCCAAGUUUCCUCAGUCCACCAAACAGCAGGACACAGUCGGUUCGAAACCUGCCACCACCUCACCCAGCAUGACCCCUCCUGCUCCCAGAGGUGACCCAGGAGUCACCCACUUGUGUGAUCAGUGUGCGUUUGCCACCACCGACAUUGAUGUGUUGCUGCAACACUAUGAAACCUGCCACACCCUCAUCAACCUGAGGGGGGCACCCCCACAUGUCAAGGCCGAGGAAGAUGUUGUGGCUGACAAGGAAGGUGGGAGAGGAGCAGGAGGAGAGAGGGAGUACUCUUGUACCAAGUGUCACUUCAUCACAGAAGUGGAAGAAGAGAUUUUUAGACACUACAGGCGUGUCCAUGCAUGCUGCCGUUGUCGGCGCUGUGACUUCACGGCUCCUGAUUCAUCGGCCCUCCUCGACCAUUUUAACUCUGUCCACUGUCACGACUCCUCUCCCUCAUUAAGCUCAGUGACAACAACCUCCUUGCCCACCUCUCUGACAACUUCACUGACGCCUUCUUUAACACUCUCAGCCAAUGGCUGCUCAGCUCCCUCUACCUUAGCCAUUAAAGAAGAGAGCAAGGGGGAUCUUCGUCUCCUGUACUCCCUGGCACCGCCGGAGGGACGGUUGGCAGAAGGCGGCAGAGAAGAGGCAGGAGGGGUGGUAAAAAGUGAGGGAGGUGAGGAGAAAGAAAGAGAGCGGGAGAAAGGCUGGGUCCUUGGGGAGAUGAGAGGAAUGGGUGAGAGAGGAGGUGAGCAGGCCCAUGGUUUACUCUGGGUGCCCAAGGAGCGAAUGGGCCCAGAAAGAGGAAUAGACAGAGGAACAGGAGGUGGGAGCCCCUCUAUUUUCCCCUCCCCUCUCCCAUUGUCUUUUGUUGCAGCCAAUCAUGAGGCCUCACAGCAGAAGAGAGGCGUGGCUUCACCGAGCAUGGUUUACCUGGGAGACACCAAGCCAUUUUUGGGAGAUACCAAGUCGUUUUUGGGAGAUGCCAAACUGUAUGGAGGAGGAAGGUCUGCAGGAGGAGGAGGUGCUGCAGGUGGAGGGGAGAAGCAGAGCCCAAUGCCCACUCAGCAAUAUACAGGAAGUGGAGGAGGAGGUAGUGGAGGACAGGAGGGGAAAGGAGCUGCUAAAGAGGAGUCACAAUCUCUACUAAGGCGGCGCAGGGGAAGCGGUGUCUUCUGUGCAAACUGCUUGACCACCAAGACAUCGCUGUGGAGGAAGAACGCUAACGGAGGCUACGUCUGCAACGCGUGUGGUUUAUACCAAAAAUUACAUUCGACACCCAGACCUCUAAACAUCAUCAAGCAGAACAACGGCGAACAAAUUAUUCGACGGCGAACGCGAAAGCGCCUCAACCCCGACUCUUUGUCGUCUGAAAACCCCACCUCCAAGCAGCAACGAAUCACCAGCGAGGAGCGCAUGAACGGGGAGGAGUCGGACCGAAGCUGUGCGUCGGUGAAAAACCAGCAGCCUUCGCCUCGCUCGCGCUCACCCCGAUCCACGCAGGCCUUCCUGGCCAAUCAGACGCUGGAGAUCCACAGGCGCAUGCCGCCUCUGCUCCUCCCUUCACACACUCCCUCCUCACUGGUAGCCGAGGGCAACGGGGGCAUCGCAGAGGGAGGCCUUACGUCGAAAGUGGAUGGGGGUAAAGGCGGAGGGGGAUCGGAGAGGGGAAGUCCAAUUGAAAAAUAUAUGCGUCCAUCCAAACCGUCCAGUUAUUCACCUCCUGGUUCACCCAUUGAAAAGUAUCAGUAUCCCCUUUUCUCUUUACCCUUACCAUUAACCAUCUCACCUGAUUUGACCCCAGAGUCGGACUGGCUCAGAUUCUGGACCAAGUACAAGAUGGCAGCCACCUCUGGGGUUCCUGGUAGUAUCAGUAAUCUCAGCAGCCCCGGUGGCCUCGGAAAUAACGCACAUUAUCUUGGUGCAAUGGUGACUUCAGUACAACAUCAUCAGCCAAGCUACACGGUGCCUUACUGCGCCUCUCCCUAUUCUCCUCUUCCGCCUCCUCCAGCUCCUCCCCACUAUCCCCCUCCCCCUCUUCAUCCACAAACCUCAUCAUCAUCAACCUCAUCGUCAUCACUAGAAAACGAUGCUCCUUUGGAUCUUGCAAUGAGACAGAGAGAUACCGGUGCUGCAAAUGCCCACAUGUCAACAAACGGUGCUGAACGGAGGAAGCUGGAGUCUCCACUUGCUGAGAGGUUGCGAGCGAACUGGAAAGGAGAGAAAAAGGAGGAGGAGAGGACUGACGAGGGAGGGAACCAGAGAGAGGAGAUCAAAAAGGAAGAACAGGAUCACUUGACAACAAACCGGUCGGUCGUUUCAUCGAAUCGUACAACGGCGGAAGUGGCCACACAGGACGAUCUGACCAAUCGCUGCAUCCACUGUGGGAUCUACUUUCUCGACGAGGUCAUGUACGCCCUGCACAUGAGUUGUCACGGUGACCAGGGACCAUACCAGUGCAGCUUUUGCCUCCAUGUGUGUGUGGACCGCUAUGACUUCACCACACACAUACAGAGGGGCUUACACAGGUACACGGACAAGACGGUGCAGCAGAAGGGUCACGCGCAAGAUGGAAAAAUUCAGAGUAGCACAGCGAUGUCGGAGCGGGAGUCUCCAAGCGUCACUCCAGAGGGAAAAACAGACAGAGGUGACCAUGAUGAGGUCACAUGUGAACGUGGUGAUGUCACAGGAGUGGGUCGUGAUGAUCGGGAAGAGGAGGAAGAGGAAGAAGAAGCAGUGACAGGCAGUGGUGCCAAUGAUAAUGCAACAGGAGCUGAAGAAGAGGUUAGAGUCGAGACUCAUGACACAACAAACAAGGAAUUAGGAGGCGAAACGCCGCCGGACAACGGCGCCGACACCACGAAAAGCGCAGAGGUCUCGACUGUUGCUGAGGGUAAAGACUUAGAAGGGAACGCAGAGCGUAAUUAACCCGAGACUUUUGACUCUCACAAACUUGUACGAACGUGUUUCACUGAAUGAAUAAGCUGUAUGCCAUCCUGUUCCUGGAGGCUAGCUCAUGUCAAAAUGGGCCUAUCCUGGGCACUAAACGGAACACAUCCACAUGCUGGAAGCACUCGGCUGUCAAAUGGUCAAAAAUCAGUGUUGGAUCCCGCUGAACUGCUGCAGGGACAAUUUGGAGGAGAAGUCUAAAUCCUUUGUUGAGUGACGAUCACUUGACAGCUCUGUAGCAAGUAUUCAACAAUGGAGUCCGGGCGUGCAGCUGAAAUCACCUUUAAUUAACAGUCACUUGUGCGCCUUCCAAAUAAAAGGAUUGGAAGCUCGACUGAAAGUUAGACUGGUCUCAUUUAGAAUGAGUUUGAGGAGCUUGGCACUUGCACAGCCACCACACAGCAGAGCAACAAAUAACAUGCUGGAAGCAAAACACUUAAGCUGAACUGAAGCUGUCCUGCACCGCGCUAAACUAAAACCCUGACCUGGUCUGAUGCAUCGUUCAGUCUAUUUUAUGUUGGUACAAUCACAUCUGUUCUGGUUCAGACUUCUCUUUUCCUGGUGCAAACAUUGUUUUUUUUUAAUAAAAAAAAAUGUUCCAUUGUGCAAAUGGAUUCAAAACCAAAACUUAUUUUGAAAAGUGAGAGCCAGUCGCUCCGCGCUGCAGUUCAGCUGGUGCGUGUGAUCGGUACAAAAGGAUCAGUUGGUUUCUUUCACUCCUGCCCUGUCAGUGGACUGCUUGGGUUUGAUUUGACCGUGACUUCUUGAACUGCUUAAAACCAGUUUGUAACUGGUAAAAAAAAAC